GUCUUGAGCGGCGCGGGGAGGGCGAGAGAGCGCAGCGCAGCGCAGCGGCAGCUGGAACCGGGGAGCGCGCCUAGCGGGCCAUGGGCAAGUCAGCUUCCAAGCAGUUUAAUAAUGAGGUCCUGAAGGCCCACAACGAGUACCGGCAGCAGCACGGUCCCCCACUGAAGCUCUGCAAGAAGCUGAACCGGGAGGCCCAGCAGUAUUCGGAGGCCCUGGCCAGCACGAGGAUCCUCAAGCACAGCCCAGAGUCCAGUCGCGGCCAGCGUGGAGAGAACCUGGCAUGGGCCUCCUACGAUCAGACAGGAAAGGAGGUGGCUGAUAGAUGGUACAGUGAAAUCAAGAACUACAACUUCCAGCAGCCCGGCUUCACUUCUGGGACUGGACACUUCACGGCCAUGGUGUGGAAGAAUACGAAGAAGAUGGGAGUAGGGAAGGCAUCUGCAAGCGACGGGUCAUACUUCGUGGUGGCCCGAUACUUCCCGGCAGGGAAUGUCGUCAACCAGGGCUUCUUUGAAGAAAAUGUCCUGCCUCCAAAGAAGUAAUUCAUUAAACGUAAUGGGAAGGUG